GAUCCCAAACACACUGGUCCUGUCGCACUGCGUUCUUUGACCGGGUUUUUUUAAGCAGAACAGCAGCCCCAGAGACCCCCCCACUCCGACACUCCUGUGAGAGGACUACCAUUUUGUCGGAGGGGGUGAAGAAGGCACAGUUUGGAAAGAGCUCGGAGAAGUCUACAUUUGCCUGCGAUGAAGCUGGAUUAAACGGGUUAAUGGUGAGCACAGACUGAGAAGGCAGUUACAGAGGAUCAGAUGGUGCAAUGGGCUGGCACCCCUAAAGGAGGCGCUGCGCGUGCGGCAUUUCAGGAUCGCGGGCUGGGAUCACUGAGGCAGAUCAGGAACACGCGGAAGAGAAUGUUUGGUGAAGUUUGCAUCUGAUCUCCGAUAUCACAUCCUGAGGGAGGAAUCGAAACGAUCUCUCAGGCAGUGGUGAUGAUGAGCUUCCUCAAAUCCCAUCGCUUGGUAGCUCGGCAUCAAUCCUCCAUUUAUCGCCUUGCUGAAGACUUCUUCUGGAUUGGAGGCAGCAUCGUGACACCGGCCACAUGGAGGCUAGGGCAGUUUGUGGAACGAUGUAUGAGUUUAAUGCAGUCGGGGACCCAGAUGGUGAAGCUGAGAGGAAGCUCGAAAGGCCUGGUUCGAUUCUACUAUCUGGACGAACACAAGACCUGUAUUAGGUGGCGACCAUCCAGGAAAAAUGAGAAAGCCAAAAUUUCAAUAGAUGCUAUUCGAGAAGUGUGCGAGGGGAAGCAAUCAGAGAUCUUCCAGCGUUACCCAGAAGGGAGCUUUGACCCAAACUGCUGCUUCAGUAUUUAUUAUGGAGACCACAUGGAAUCUCUGGACCUGGUUUCGUCGAAUGGUGAGGAGGCCCGAACGUGGAUUACAGGCCUCAAGUACUUGAUGGCGGGGAUCAGCGAUGAAGACAGCCUGUCGAAACGGCAGAGAACACGUGAUCAAUGGCUAAAGCAGACAUUUGCUGAAGCAGAUAAGAAUGGGGAUGGCUGCCUGAGUGUUGGCGAGGUCCUGCAACUAAUGCAUAAACUCAAUGUUAAUCUGCCUCGCCAGAAAGUCAAACAGAUGUUCAAGGAGGCAGACACGGAUGAGAACCAAGGGACAUUGGACUUUGAAGAGUUUUGUGCUUUUUACAAGAUGAUGUCCACACGCCGAGACCUCUACCUUUUGAUGCUGAUGUACAGCAAUCACAAAGACCAAUUAGACUGCGAUGGCCUGAAGAGAUUUCUGGAGGUGGAGCAGAAGAUGACCAGUGUUACAAAGGAACAUUGCCUGGAGAUUGUUGAUAAAUUUGAGCCAUGCCUGGAGAACAGGAAGCAAGGGGUCCUUGGGAUUGAUGGUUUCACAAACUACAUGAGAAGCCCAGCAGGUGAUAUUUUUAACCCUGAACAUUACAAAGUGAGCCAGGACAUGACACAGCCUAUGUGUAAUUAUUACAUUGCCUCCUCUCACAACACCUACCUGAUGGGGGACCAACUAAUGUCACAGUCCCGAGUGGACAUGUAUGCUUGGGUACUACAGACUGGCUGUCGCUGUGUUGAAGUUGACUGUUGGGAUGGACCAGAUGGAGAGCCUAUUGUUCACCAUGGCUACACUCUCACUUCCAAGAUCCUCUUCCGAGAUGUGAUUGAAACUAUCAACAAGUACGCCUUUGCAAAGUCAGAAUAUCCGGUUAUUCUCUCCAUUGAAAACCACUGCAGUGUACCCCAGCAGAAAAAGAUGGCCCAGUACCUAUGCGAGAUCUUGGGUGAUAAACUUGAUGUGUCUUCAGUGCAUGUAGAUGAUAUGACUCAACUCCCUUCACCUGAUAGCCUGAAGGGCAAGAUUCUUGUAAAGGGAAAGAAACUCCCUGCAAACAUCAGCGAUGAUGCUGAAGAAGGUGAGGUGUCGGAUGAGGACAGCGCAGAUGAAAUCGAAGAUGACUGCAAGCUGAUGAAUGGAGAUGCUGUGGCCAACAGGAAACAUGUAGAGAGUGUGGCUAAGAAGAAGCUCGAUUCACUGCUGAAGGAAUCGAAAAUCAGAGACCGGGAAGAUCCGGACAGCUUCAGUGUGAAUGCCAUCCCUCAAGCAGGGAAACUGUGUCAGAAAUCAGACUCAAAGAAGGAGAACUGCAGCUCUGGGUCCGUGUCUACAAUGGAAAAGUCUGGGAGUAAAGUUGAAGAUGGAACUGACUCUGGAGAAGAUCCAACCACUAACAAGAGACACAGUCGGUCUUUCAUUGGCAGUUUCUCCAAGCGUAAGAAAAAGACAGUGAAGAUGAAGAAGUCAUCGAGCUUGGAGGAUGAUGAGGAAGAUCAUGAUCAUCAAGCAUCUGUAUGUAGAACAACAGUGAACGUGAUGAGAAGUGGCAGGCAGAAGAAGACCAUGAAGCUGUCCCGGGCCCUCUCGGAUCUGGUCAAAUAUACAAAGUCUGUUGGGAUGUAUGAUAUUGACUCUGAAGUGUCAUGCAGCUGGCAGGUCUCUUCCUACAGUGAAACGAAAACCCACCAGCUCCUUCAGCAAAAGCCACAGCAGUUUGUCCGCAUGAACCAACAGCAGCUCUCUCGCAUCUACCCAUCCUCCUACAGAGUGGAUUCCAGUAACUUCAAUCCUCAACCCUUCUGGAAUGCUGGCUGCCAGUUAGUUGCACUUAACUACCAGACUGAAGGAAGAGUUUUACAACUAAACAGGGCCAAGUUUAAUUCCAAUGGAAACUGUGGAUACGUCCUUAAACCCAAGUGUAUGACUCAAGGUAACUUUAACCCAACAGCAGAAGACUUGCUCUCUGGACAGGCAAAGAAACAGCUCGUAUUGAGGAUCAUCAGCGGCCAACAGCUUCCAAAACCCAAAGACUCCAUGCUGGGUGACAGGGGAGAGAUCAUUGACCCUUUUGUGGAGGUUGAAAUAAUUGGCCUGGCUGUUGACUGCUUCAAGGAGCAGACCAGGGUCGUAGACGACAACGGGUUUAAUCCAAUGUGGGAGGAAACACUGGUGUUCACUCUGAAUAUGCCCGAACUCGCUCUCGUCCGCUUCCUUGUCUGGGACCAUGAUCCAAUUGGCCGGGAUUUUAUCGGUCAAAGAACUUUAGCAUUCACCAGCAUGAUGCCUGGUUAUCGGCAUGUGUAUCUGGAAGGAAUGGAGGAAGCUUCCAUCUUUGUUCACGUAGCUGUCAAUGACAUCAGUGGUAAGAUCAAGCAAGUCAUGGGAUUAAAGGGCCUUUUCCACAGAAAUCCAAAGCAGGCUUCACUCGACAGUCAUGUUGCUGUACUGCUCACUCGCAAACCCUCUUUUAGCAGCCAGAUCCUCCGCAGGACUGCCAGUGCCCCAACCAAAGGGCAGCCGAAGAGCAAAAAGGGCUUUCCUCAAAUCGUUCUAGAUACCAAAGACUACAGUUCAGAGGGAGCGAGUGAGUCUGAUGAUACAUCCCAGCCUCGGUUUGAGCAGGAUGCUGGAUGUGCUGAGACUGCUCUGGACGGUGCUGACAAGGCUGGCACCGAUGGGGGAGUGCAGACAGAGGCCUUUAAAGGUAAGGGGAUGAGCCAGGGGUCGGGGGAAGGUCAGAAGCCACGUGCGACUACGGGUGUGGUAUUUAGUGAGCCUUUAAGGCGGGCGCAUCGAGUGCGCAUACUGGACCCUGAGGAGCAAAGGCCAGGCGUAUUUACCAGGUGUGCCAUAAAUGGCUGCGGUAGGAUUGGCAUGGCCACCAAUUGCAUGAAAUGCGUCAUUGGUUCUAGAGAGAGCCCAGAUCUAGAACGCAAGUGGAAGGAGCAUGUCCACCAGCCAGAUAGCCUGGCAGCGGCCAAGCAGGCACGUCAGCACAGUUCCUCCGAGCACGAGCGGUUGAUUCCCGCUGUACAAUGCCAACCCAAGCAGAGGUGGCGAUGCCAGGGUGUCCACGGUGUCGGCUGCAGCAGAGGAGAGGUCGACCAAUUGGAGGUCACGGGCAAGGGCUGCGACUCACCUGAGUCUCAAAGCCUCGAGGGUCUGGGCGGUCUGGAGCACUCGUACCACUUGGCGCAGAACCCUCAGAAGUGUCCGGGCACUCUUCAACGUGAAAUGAACUCAUUGUUUGUACAAAAGAUGGAGGAAAUCCGAAGCAAGUCUCCAAUCUUUUCCACUGGUGUCCAGCCGUUCUCACAUCCAGUUCCAAGCAUUCCCAUGCACACUCUUGAAACUAUUACUGAAGAAUCUAUGCAUUUGGAGGAUAGAACUUGCACUGACUCCCAGCAGACAUCCUCAUCUAUUGUGAGCAGUUCUGGAGAAGGAACCACCAACUCAGAAGAACACUUAGUUCCAGAAAGCAGCCCACCACCACCAAAAUCGAUAAAGAUCUCUACCAAUAAUAACCGAGCAAUAAAGGCUCCAGAGGCAUGCUAUAGUGAGGAACAGUUGGAAAAUGGAGCUGUUUGUCUGGGCAAGCAUCUCCUCAGAGGAGGUAACGUUUGUCUUGUAUCAAAUCUCCAUGAAGCUUCUCAGGAUGAUGAUGAAGCUUCCCAGUUUUCUGAUGACAAUACACGUUUGUGCACUUCCAUUGAUCACUCCAAAACCACAAUGAGCUCUUCUCAAAGCCCAAAAGAAUCCUCACUGGCACCAGAUGGCCAAUGCAAGGAGAAAGCUGAAAUCCUCAGUGACCAUCUGGCUCAAUUUGAUGUUUUACCCAUGGGAUCCUCAGCCAGUAAUUCUGUUCAGAAAGAGUCUGGUGAGACAUCAGACAGCAAAGAAUCAGCUGAGUCUCAGAACUGCCCUACAUUUGAUUUAAUCUCCAGUUCUCCACCACAAGGUGCUCAAAAUGGGUGUGACAAACAUUCCCCUGGUUGUCUUGUUAGGACAAACAUUCACCCUGAUAUCGUACGGAGCAUUAGUUGCGAUGGACGUCUCAUUCAAAGUCAACAGUCAUUGUUGGUGACUCCUGUCCAAAUGUGCACCUCUCCUGUGCCUGCGAUGUCAUCAGAUGUGACCAUUAAUGAUAGAAUCUGGUGUAAAUUGGAUUCUAGGAACCACAGGGAUAGUAUGUCCUCGUCAUCCAGCAUGUCAUCAAAUGACACUGUCAUUGACUUGUCACUACCCAAUUUGGCCCGGAAGAGCUUGUCUGAUCUGAGCAGCAGGCAGAGCGAAACUUUGGAAGGGCUUGUGAUGGAUAAGCCGAUAAGGCCUCGAUCGGCCACAACUGGUCAUGAAAUGCUCACCAAAGUUAGCAAAAGUAAGUCUAAUCCCAAUUUAAGAUCUCAUGGUGACCAGCAACAAGUUGAUGACAUUCAACCAAAGCCUUUGGGUAAGUCAUUGCCAAUUCCCGGCCAGUCAAACUCAAGGCGACACACCUGGAAUAGGCUAUAUAUGGAAAGCCUCAAACAGUCUUCCCCAACUGUCAAAUCCAUAACACAAAGCAGAAAGGUAGCAGACAGUCCAAGUAAGUCAAAGAGCCUAGGGGACCUGACUUCCGAUGAUAUUGUUCCCAGCUUUGACAGCAAGUACAAGAGCAUUAGUCGGACCUUUAUCACAAAGCCCAUGCGUGAGCAGCGCAGAGCAGCUGGCAUAAAGAGAUUCACCCAGGACAAUUUGACGGAGCAGCUGAAGAGGAUCACGAGCUUUGAACGGGAAAAUGAUAUCACUUCUCCCACCACUGGCCAACCUCCAGAGACUGAGGACUGUAGCCCAGUUGUCCUGCGCAGAUCCUCAUCGAGGAGCCAGAGCCGGGUGCGGUAUAUUGCAAACCGGGCAAAGCAGGCACAGGAACGGCUACGGCUGCAGAAUCUGGGGCAGAGCAACCCGUCCAGCAUGCUGGAAGAGAGGGGUAACCCAGAGGGGGCCUGCUGUGACGCCAAGAGCAUUUGCACAGAUGUAGCUCUGCCCUUUCAAAUCCCAGAUGAAGUCAAGGUCCCAAAAACUGCUAACAACGAGACUGAGGUCUUCUUCAUGCUAAAACUUUAAGAGCUGUUGCAAAGGGAGCUUACUGAGGUCAAAUAAAUCAAGAAUGAUCACGUGAUGUUUUCACUGCAAGAGCAGUACUGAGAAGCAACAUCCUUGGGAAUGGGUCCAACUUUCGAAAAGCUUCAGUUUGUGCGUUAUUUUUAUGUUGCACUUCUGGUGUGCCAUAUUUUUGCACAAACAGUGUAGUUUGCUCUGGUGUAACUUUUACAAUGCAAGUGCAAACAGAUGCAGAAGAAAGCACUAAGAAUUGCGCAAAGGGAAAGGAGAGUGAGACCUAGUGAAAGACAGAAAAUAAAUUCAGCUCUUAAGAGCUUGUGAACAACUAUGUCUUCCUCCCAUCAGUGGGGAUGUGAAAUAUGUGGCAGUGGCGUUUAUUAUCUAAUGCUACUCAUUUUGAGUCAGAAAUCAGGCAAAUGUGUCUUCAGUUCCGAGGCGUUGCUGUUGUAUCUUAGCCCCCAUCUGGAUACAUACUUACAACAUGACACAACUGUCUGAAUUAUUUUUUAAAACUAUGUAUGCUCUUGUGUAAAAAUAAAAUUGCACGAUAAUGUUUUUAUUUAAAAUACAAUAUCAUUAGAUUGUUUUAAAAUGAAUAUCACCAAAAAAAACAGAAAAGUAUGCUGUGUAUUUAAGAAAUGUGCAGCAAUGUGUAUGAAUUAUACUUUCCAAACAAAAGCUAUGUCCAAUUUUUCUUUAAAGUGUUGCAUGUUUUUUAAUUGUGAUUUUAAUACACAACCAAAUAUGGCUUAAAAAGUGUAUACUUAUAUUCCAUGACCAACUCCAUACAUAAAGUGUAACCAUAGCAAUUGUUCCAGAUAUGAUGAUUAUUGUAUCAACUCUUUUAGCGGGCAGCUAUAAUGAGAAAAAUGCUUUCAGGAGGUACAACUCUCUGAUUCGUGUUAGGUAGUUUGAAGCCAGCUGGAGUCUUAAUGUAGAAAGGCUCCUUCCACCUAUCCAGAGAAAGUUGUCCAGGAAUCUAACCCUAGCCUGUGGUAGGUUAGCUGAUGCCCAAGUGGGGUCCAAAUUGGAGCGAGGAAAUUGGUCUUUUGAACUCCAGACAGGAGAAACAUCUCACUGCAGUGUGUUUGUAAGUGCCUAGGUGUGGACAGUUGGGAAGAAAGUACCAGAUUUUCACUAGCCUUUGCCCAUGGUUUCCCACCAUGAAAUGUCAAUGGCUUAGCAUUAAGUUCGAUGUUACGCUCCCUUGUUCUGAGCUCACCCGACCCAUGGUAAAUUGUUUCUCUCCGUCCAGCCAUUUUAAUCCUUGAAGCAUUUCAAACACCUUGGUCAGAUCUCCCUUCACUGGUCACAAACCUAACUAAGCUGCAAACUACUGUGUAAGCACAUACAAACAGAUGAUUGGGUGUCGGACCAAAAAGAAAUACAGGCCCAUGAAGGAAUCAGUGAAACCAAGUUCCUCUAAUCUUCUGCAAUCACUGUCAUAGCUUGAACAUAACUGAGGAAGUGGAAUGUGAAGUGGAAUAUACUCAGUUACCUGAGGCCGCCAUCAUUAUUGCCAGUUUCUAAGUUGCCUGUAAAGUGUCAAACAUGCAAUAGCUCCUUAGGAAGUGAAUAACUUGUCAGGGGUGGGAACUCUAUAGAAUGGGAAUUCUCUUGUACUCCCGGUUCAGAAUGAGGCCCAGUGCACUCUGUGCAAGCUGAAGCCUCUGAUAAGUUGCACAUUAUGAGGACAGUGGUGUUGUUGGCUAAGCAAAGCAAUCAAUUAAUGUAAAACAGAACUCAACCUUCAUGUGACAAAAACACCUGACAGAGAACAUUAUCAUUCUGAGAAUCAAAGAAUCGUUUAGUAUAGAAGGAGGCCAUUGAUUGAUUCAUUGUAUCUUCACCAGCUUUCAAAUAAGCAAUCCACCUAUUGCUGUUCUUGCACUUUCUUCUUGUACCAUUGCAUGUUCUUUCUUUAUAGAUGACAAUCUAAUUCCCUCAUGAACACUUGACUUGAGCCUGUUUCUGACAUACUGUUAGUUAGUGCAUUCCAGACUGCAACACUCACUGCAUGAAAAAAGUUUGUCUCAUGUCGUUUUGCUUCUUUCAUUAACCUGUGCUCUCUGUUUCUUGAUCCUUUCACAAAUGGGAACAGCUUCUCACUAUCUGUCCAGGCUGUUCAUGAUUUGGAAUACAUUUAUCACAUCUCCUCUCAGUAUUUUUUUCUCCAAGAGCAGCCUGAACUUCUCCAGUUUACCUUCAUAACUGAAAUUCCUCACUGUAGGACCAUUGUUGUAAAUCUUCUGUGCACUCUCUCCAGUGUCUUCUUGCUUCCUAAAGUAUGAUGCAAUACUCCAGCCGAGGUUGAACUAAUGCCUUCUACAAGUUCAGCAAAACUUGGAAAAGCAGAAAACUGUAGAUUCUGGAAAUCCAAAACAAAAAACAGAAAAUUCUGGAAAAGCUCAGCAGGCCAGAAAAUGUCCAUGUUGACAGAGCAAUAGUCAAUCUUUCAGGCCUUACAAGUUCCAUUUUAGCUUCAACAUAACCUGCAUGCUCUUAAAUUCUAACCUUAUCUGUCUUUCUGUAUUGCUGAUGCAACUUCAAUCUCUCAAGCAUGGCUACGCAUGAAAAGUUGGGAUCCCAAUGCUCUACUCCUUCUGUCAGUGCAGCUACAACAUUUGAACAGCUUAUUCCUCACUUACCUAUUUAACGCAAAAGUCAAGGUGGCAACAACAGUUACAAAUGUUUAUGUGGCACCUUGAUUAUACACACAUCCCAAGCCACUUCAGACAGAGUGUUACCAGAAAGCAUUUGGCAUUGAGCCACUGAAGGAGAUAUAACUAUUUUCUUUAAAGGAGCAUCUUAAAGGAAGUCUAAGAAGGGACUUUCAAAGCUGCGAAUCUAAGAGCCUGAAGUCAUGUGCACCAGUGAUGAAGUGAUAAAAAUUGGGUUUGCUCAAGAUAGCCAGCAAUGAAGAAAAACAGACCUCAAAGGGUUAUUAAGCUGAAGAAUGUGACGAUAAAGAGGAGGAAAGCUGAAGCACAACCAGAAGAGGAGAAAUGUUAUAUAAGAUAGCCAGAUGUAAUGGCAGUUACAUGAACUGCAGAGUACAAUUCUCUCCAUCUUUUCCAGACUGAUGUUUAAGCUCCACAGAGCUACCUCCCAUCUUGCUUUAUCUCUCUCUAAUUCUAAAUCCUUCUAUUCGUUCACUUCCCCUUGAAAAUAUCUGUAAUGUUUGUCUUACACUCCCUGUGGUGGCUAACCCCACAGUUUAAUUUCCUGUGUACAGAGUGUCUUCCAAAUUCUUUAUUGGAUUUGGCCUUAUAUUUGUCACCUCCAGAUGUAGUAGUCCCACAAGCAGAAUCAUUUUCCAUAAAUCCCUAUAAACUGUGUCUGUUGGAGCCCAUCAUAAUCUAUCAGGUCUCUCCUCACACUCUCUGCCCCACCAGCCUCUUCUCUGUAGAAAACAGCAAUAGCUUGGUCAAUCUUCCCUGCUAAUGAUAGCUGCUCAAUUCUGGUAUCCUUCUCAGUGUCAAUGCUGUUGCUCAGUUGGGCAGGAGAGAAUUAGACUUCAUACCAAUUGUUGACAUCAUCUCACUGCCCAAAGAUCUCUCAGGUACCAGAGGAACUAUGAAGACUCUACACUGCACACUACACUGGCGGCAAACCUCUGAAUUUUAGGGAAAGGUGAACUUCACAGUUCAAUGAGGGUUGGUUUAAUUUGGUUUGGAGUGAACAAGCCAAACUGUAGGCAUUAGAAAAUUAAAUGAUUCACUCAUUCAUAAUUGUCUUAAUGCACUUAAUUCCAAGAACUUUUCCAUCCUUGAUUUUGUACAUUUUAUUUUACUACGUUGUAACUUACAGAUUGAUCACUGGUUGCACUAACCCUUGCAUGAUGUAUUGUUUCAACCAGAGAUGUUCUAGAUAUUGUUAAUAUUUAAAAUGCAGAAGAGCCAAAUUUUAGGACUGAAAUGCAUACUGGGAGCAUUUUUGAUUUUAGUUGUUUUAUUUUAAAUGUCUGAUCAAAAGUAAUAAUUAAAUGUUUCAGGUUAUGAAUUGAGAAUGUCUUGUUUCCAGAUAUCUUGGAUGUAAUAUUUCAAUUGACACACAGUAUCUUCCGUGUACAUUACUGAGAGUCAUGAAUGUGAUAUGUCCACAUGGCAAAAAAAGUACAGAAUACAGAUAUGUAUCUUCCUACCACUUUGAUAAUUCUGCAGCAGCUAUCUGCGAUUUUAAACACUAUUUGUAAUUAAACUACUGUACCAAUCAAAUAAAA